AUGCUCGCAGCACGAACCAUUGCCCGCCCGGCACGCAGGCUGUGCGCCGCGCCGCAAUGCGUCUCGCUCGCCCGGUCGCUGUCUACUACCCCCGCCACCAAGGCCCAGCAUGUGUCGCCGUCCGAAGCAGCACCCGGCAAAGCUGCCCCCAAGAAGCGCAAGCCGCUCACCCAGGAGCAGCGUGACUUCCUCUCCUCCGCACUCCGAGUCAACCAAUCCGGCGAGCUCGCAGCCGUCCUCAUCUACACGGCCCAGGGCCCCCCCAUCCUCCGCAAGCACCCCCAUCUCCGCCCCCUGAUGGCCCAUAUGCACGACCAGGAGGCAGAGCACUUCAAGACCUUCAACAGCCUCAUCCACAAGCACCGCGUCCGCCCCAGCGCCCUGUACCCGCUCUGGUCCGUCAUGGCCACGGGGCUGGGCUGGUCGACGGCGGUCAUGGGCCGCGAGGCCGCCAUGGCGUGCACCGAGGCGGUCGAGACGGAGAUCGGCGGCCACUACAACGCGCAGAUCCGCACCCUGCUGGAGAUGGUCGGCCAGUGGGAGGCCGAGGGCUACGAGGUCGGCAAGGAAUUCACCGACCUGCUGAGCACCCUGCGGAGGAUCAGGGACGAGGAGCUCGAGCACCUGGACCACGCUCUCGAGAACGACGCCAAGAGUGCCGAGCCGCACUGGCUGCUCACUGGUGUAAUAAGAGCAGGAUGCCGGGGUGCCAUUUGGGUGAGCGAGCGUGUAUGA